AUGGCGGUACUCUUCUUCUCCGAUCUCGUCCCAAUGAUGUUAUUGUUCGACCUUCGAACCCACCUCCACUUCUCUCCUGAGCUUAUCAAUCUUGUUGUGGCACUGCAUGGCUAUCUUAAACUGCGAGACCAGUGGCAAUUGGGCGGCGAUGGUGGUGGCGACAUCAACUCAGUCGGUGGCUUGGAGAUUGGUACGGUCGAGAGAGGACCACUUGUCCUUGAAGAUGGAGAUGAGGGCUUCGACCUCAUUGUUGGUCUAGGACGGCGGCGGGGGGUUGGGGAGGACAUUGGGGUGUGGGAUAAGGAGAGAAGGGAUGGCUUGGCCUUGAUGGAGUUAACUAAUUCGAAUGAUGGCAAUGUUGGAUCCUCAUUGAACCAAGUAACAAGUGAUGAAGCAGGUAGUCUACAUUCUCCAGAGAAAAAUGUUCAAAAAUUAAAAUCACCUUAUGUAGGAAUGUAUUUUGAAACAUUGGAAGAGGCAGGAAGGUAUUAUGAAGAUUAUGGUCGACAAGAAGGUUUUUGGACUCGUAUUCGAAGUUCAUCAAAGUCUAGAUCACAGUCAAAUGAAGUGACAAGUAGAUUAUUUGUUUGUGCACAUCAAGGUAAACAUGUCAUGCAGACUCAAAAAGAGGAUGAUAUGAUGGAUGAAGAAGCGAAAGAUGAGGAAGAAAUAUGUGACGAACAGACUGGAAAGAAGAGGCGAAGAAGUUGUUCAACAGUUAAAUGUGGGUGUGAGGCUAGUAUGCGAGUUCUUCAUGACAAAUGGACUAACAAAUGGAAAGUGUCAAUUUUCAGUGACAUUCACAAUCACAAAAUUGUGACACCAGCUCGAAGGAUGAUGAUGAAGUCGAAUAGACAUAUGCCCAAUGCAGCAAAAGAUUUAACAGAAGCUUUUCAAAAAGAGAACUUACAAAUCAGUAAAGUUCCUUCAAUGUUUGGUGGUGCUCAAAAUGUUGGUUUCGACAAUAGGGACUGUUAUAAUCAUUUAAGGAACGUGAGGCACAAAGAGUUGGAAUAUGGGGAUGCACAAUCAGUCCUCAAUUACUUCAGGAAAAAGCAAGCAGAAAAUCCACAAUUCUUUUAUGCUAUCCAGUGUGAUGAAGAUGGUAGAGCUACUAAUUUUUUCUGGGUGGAUUCUAGAUCAAGGACGGCGUAUCAGUAUUUUGGGGAUGUAGUGACAUUCGAUACAACAUAUCGGACAAAUAAGUAUGACAUGCCAUUUGCCCCAUUUACUGGAGUAAACCAUCACUUCCAAUCCAUACAAUUUGGAUGUGCCCUUUUGCAAGAUGAGACAGAGGUAACAUUUCUAUGGUUAUUUGAGACGUGGCUUGAAGCUAUGGGAGGUCGACAUCCAUUAUGUAUUAUCACUGACCAAGAUUUGGCAAUGAAAGGAGCAAUAGCUAAAAUUUUUCCCAAUACUCGUCACCGCCUCUACAUUUGGCAUAUAAAGAAAAAAUUUGGUGAAAAGUUAUCACAUGUAUAUUAUAAAAAGUCGGAUUUCAAGACUAGCAUGAAAAAGUGUAUAUGGGCAACAUACAGAAUUAAGGAUUUUGAAGAGCAAUGGAAGAAGUUGAUUGAGGAGCAUGAAUUGGAACAAAAGGAAUGGCUACAACAACUUUAUGAAAUUCGUGAAUCUUGGGUUCCAGUAUAUAAUCGUAGCACAUUUUUUGCCGGAAUGAAUACAACAGGGCGUAGUGAAGGUACUAAUGCAUUUUUUGAUGACUUUGUUACAUCAAUGACAAAUCUGAGAGAAUUUGUUGUCAAGUAUGAACAAGCCUUACAGAAGAUUAUUACAAGGGAAAGUAGCAAAGAUUUUACAUCAGAGCAUAAAUAUCGUAUUGUAAAUGAUGAUGACUUUCUUUUGAAACAUGCAGCACAGGUGUAUACUAGAAAUAUAUUUGAAAAAUUCAAGAGCGAAUGGUCUAGAGUCAAAAGGCUCAAGGUUGAAGAAAAGGAUUCCGACAAUCAGUUUCACAGAUACUCAGUGAUGAAGAAAACUGAUAACUCAAAAGAGUUUUUAGUGGAGUUGAAUUUACAAACACAUGUGGGUAAAUGUGAAUGCCAAAAUUUUGAAUUUGUGGGAAUAAUUUGUCGGCAUAUUAUGAAAGUAUUUGUUUGUCAAGACAUUGAUACAAUACCCUCCCACUUUAUCCUUCCAAGAUGGAGACAAGGGGCGAAUAAGUUUAGAGUUAUGGAUGCUGAAGCCUUGGUAAAGAAUGAUGGUAAAGAACAAUUAGAAGCAUUGAGAUUUAGUCAUAUGUGUCGGAGAGCUACUCAACUAGCUUGUUAUGCAGCGCCUUCAGAUGAGGCCUACACAAUGUACAUGGAUGGUUUAGAUUAA